UCGGAAGAUGAGAAUCGAGAAGUCGAUGGUGGUUCUAGAUAUAGUUUUUCUUUUCGUAAUAAUUGUUUUGUCGCAUCGAGGUCGUUUGAAGCUAUUAUCGUGGUUGGGGCCUUGUUAGGGCUAUUUACAGUUAACGGUGAUAUCUUUUCGGAAUGCCUGAUGUUUUCGAGGUGGUUUAGAUUUGUAUAAAAACGAUAGCAGAUUCUAGUCAGGACAUCAGUCGCCGGAUACCGCGGUCGAAAAACAAACAUCCCAAAGUGCUUAGUUCAUCGAAAAAUGGAAUAGUUAACGGUAGAAGUGAUGAAGUGCUUAAAUCUGUGAUAGACCUUAUAUGUUUAGUUGAAAAUUAAGUGCCAGUUGAUGGACUGUUGAAUCAUUUUGAUGAAAGUGUAACGAAUCAGUUUUGAUCCAUAUCGCAAAAGCUCGUAAGAAACAUUUUCGUACGAUGAGGCGAGCAAUGAAUUCAGUGCAACUGCUAAAGCUUUGUCGAAACCUAAUGCUGCUGGUAGUCGCGCUCGGAGUUGGCGCCAAACCGGAGGCUCCUCUAAAUUCGUACCUGCCACCAUCUCACGAUCAUCAUGAUCAUCACGAUCAUCACGAUCACCAUGAUCUAGUUCCGCCAUCUUCCAGUUACGGUACCCCAGACAGUAGUUAUGGGCCACCUCAUCAUCAGGAACGGCACGGAGAUCAUCACGAACACCAUGAGCACGAGCACCAUCAUCACGAGGAAAGUGGCGAGUCGUCUGAAAAUGCGCCCGCGAAAUAUGAAUUUACUUAUGAAGUGGACGAUGAGGACAUCAAUUUAUCGUUCGGCCAUGAAGAAAUGAGGGAUGGAGACUACACUACCGGGAAAUAUAACGUGCUACUACCGGAUGGAAGACGACAGAUCGUUGAAUACGAAGCCGACCGCAUGGGCUACCGCCCGAAGAUCACCUACGAAGGAGGCGACGAACAUCCACAUGCGCACCCUCACGGACAUGGACAUCCGCAUGGGCACGAGCACCACGAUGGGUAUCCACACGAGGUUCCCCACAAUCAGCUCGGUUAUCCGGCAAGCAAUAGCGGAAGUGAAGAACAUCACGACCAUCACGAUCAUCACGAUCAACAACAACAUCACAAUGGAUACGAUAGCAAUGGGCACGAAGUGGAUGGACAUCACGGGCAGCAUGGGCAUAACGGAAAUGGACACAAUCAUGACCAUCAUCGGCGGCAUUCCGGUGAGGAUCAUCACCAUGGAGGACACGGACAUGGACAUGGCCAUGGGCAUGGAAGCCAUGGGCAGAGUCAUCAUGGACAUUCCGGAGAUGGACACGGAUAUGGACACCACAAUAAUCAUCAUCAUCGAGGAUCAAAUAAGCACAAUGGCUAUCACUAGAUGAUGGUUUCCGAUUAUUUUGACAGGCUAUGAACAUGGUACAAGAUUUGAUUUCAUUUAUUGCUUAAGUAGCUCAAUUCAAAUUGAAAUCAUUCAAAGAAAUGAUUUCAGCUUAAAAAUAAAACAAAAAAAUAUUGCUUAAAAUGAUAAACAAAUAUACAAAUUGUAGUUCAAUGUAUAGAUUAAACCAACAAAAAGUAAUAAAAACAUGCAAAGGGACCAUCGAAAACUUAUGAUCCAGCUGCCCAAAAAACUGCUACAUAUUAAACGACAACCCGGCAGCCCGCGGCUGGAGUCGAUGGUCCCGCAAAAUG